AUGCCUCGGUUGUUUUACGUGCGAGCUCCAAAAGCAGUCAACAUCCCACCUCACUUCCAACACUACGACGCGACAUGGAAAAUAGGAGGAAGAGAUAAUCACGAAAUCAUGCCGGCAGAUCGCCUUCUCACUACCGUGCUUCGGGCAUUUCAAGGCGUUCCCGACCCUCAGCAAACAAACAGAAUCCUCUCUAGUACCACGUCCCUACUCACGACUCUCACGAAUCCACUCAACGUCACUCUCCUUACAUCCCAACUCCUCACAGCACCAGCAAUAUGGGAUAGACCCGAUGGUCUUGAAACUUCUCUUCGUAUAAUCAGCCUCUUCAAUACGGCAGCAAUCACAGUCCAGAAAAACCAGGUUCAAGGCCACGAAAAGCCAUAUGAUGCCUACCAACCGAGGCAAGGGGGUGGAAUCAAGUGCGAUGACUGGGCAAAAGCCGUUAUCAAGGGAGCUGAUGAUCGCUCAUCGCGAUGGCAACAUUUGUUGGUCAUUGGAGGAGUAUUGCUGGGAAUGGAGGGCCAAAACAGACAAGGACUAUCAAGAGGAUUGAGAACGACAAUUGAACGGGCUAUUGUCACAGCCGCGAACCUGGCUCUGGAGAAUCCAGCGAAUCUUGGAAGCCUAGGAGCAGAAUCUAUUGUGCUUGCUCUUAACCAUACCUUUCCAUUAUUAUCGGAUGGCAUUAGGAGCGGACUGAAUUACGAUGCAUUGGUAAUGGUCAUGCUUCAUGCUAUGACCUUGAACGAGGGCUAUCAAGAUGGCUAUUUUCUUCGAGCCAUUGACUACGAUGUUAUACAGGCCUCUGGAAACAAGUUUGAUUGGUCUGCAAAAUCUCCGUCGUUUCUACAGUUACAGAAGAUGUCAUCCAAACCUCUGAUAUCGUCGAUGGGCCCCCUUUCAAGGCUGAUCGCUCACGCUAUUGAGAAUAUGAGCAACUCCUUACGUGUUGCAGAGAUUAGCGAGCAUUUACUUGCUUUUGCUGAUAGGAUUUUGGUUUCAUGGAGGCAUAACAAGCUAUCUGAGAUUGACUCCUCCGAAGAGGAGACUUUUCUCACACCCGAAACUCUUCGAGUCACCUUUCCACUAUUAUGGCAAGUCUUGAAAGGUGCAAUGUUUGCCACGGUGAUUAUAUUACGGGCCAUCAUUGGAAGGACGCUGGUCGAUCCUAGAUUGGCUGGGAGGCUUGCGCCAGCGACUGCCUCCCGAUCCCUCUCAAUUCUUCAAAAGAUACACUUUAUCUCCUGCCGCCUAGGCUCAAAUGCAUUCUCAGCAUAUACAUUUGUCAAUCUGACAUCAAUUGACAUUCUGUCUCGAUACCCAGCCGAAUCAAGAGACUUCCUGAAAACGAUAUAUCCUACCGAGGCCGGUCAAAUCCCUUCCAGCCCUCUGCAACGCAAUCUGGAUCUCUUCUAUCUCAAUACUAGCGAGCACUUCACUCUCGCCCUCUCGCCCUCAGAUAAUGAAUCUCUGAUCGUCACACCCGCCUUGCCUUACCUUGAUCCAGCUGCGAAUGCACAGCUCCGUGAAAUAUUUGAAGCCGGACAUAGUGCCAUGCUUGCCGUACUAGCUGUUCCUCAAAAUGCAGACUUGGCAGCUAGGAUCCUUCCCUUUUAUACGGAAUCACUGUUUAAGUCCUUCCCUACGAAUCUGUCUCCUCGACAAUUCCGGUUUGCGUUCAAGGCUUUGAUUCAAAUCACUACUCCGCCUUCACCAUUAUCUGCGUCCCACCCUAUGCUUUCGGAAACACUGUUAGAACUCCUACGUCACCGGUCACUUAAUGCACCAACAUCACCGUUGCCACCUUCAGGGUUGGUUAAAAGUGGUUCGGAUGCUCCGGAGCUGCCCCCUUUAUCGGAGCAAGCGGUACUGCUAUUAACACUCCUGGAUGCUCUACCAAAUCUCCCUCUUCAUCUUUUAGAAGAAUGGCUACCGUUAACAGCGGAUCUAUUGAAUGCGGUUCAAGAUGGAAAGAUGAGGGAGCAUUGUAAGGAACGGUUCUGGGAGGUUCUGGAGAGCGGAGAAAUGGAUGUGGAGAGGAGUGCUGUCUGCUGCCUGCUGUUGCUCUUCGUACGUGAUGCAUCUGCCCGGAAUACCGUUCUUGGUAUAAAAGCGCAGUUCGACUUCGCAGGAUCUUGA